AUGGACAAGGUGAUGAGAAUGUCGUCAGAGAAAGGAGUGGUGAUCUUCACCAAAAACUCAUGCUGUCUCUGCUACGCCGUGCAGAUCCUUUUCCGUGACCUUAGGGUUCAUCCAACAAUCCACGAGAUCGACAACGAUCCUGACUGCCGGGAGAUCGAGAAGGCCUUAGUCCGUCUUGGCUGCGCCAACGCGGUUCCUGCCGUUUUUGUAAGUGGCAAGCUGGUUGGUUCGACCAACGAAGUCAUGUCGCUUCACUUAAGUGGCUCUCUCGUUCCCUUGAUCAAGCCGUAUCAGUCAUUUCAUAACUAG